AUGGAUCCUUCAUCCAACGAGCAGCGUCCUUAUAGCGGUGGACCAUACUGGUCUUCCGCUAUGACAUUGUCUCAUACACAGUCAGAAGAUGGCUAUAAUAGUAACCUCUUUGAAGAAGAGGAAAAGAACGAAAUGAUUUCUCCUUCCGUGUCAAAUCCCCAUGGUCUUAAGUUGCUCUUAGCUCCGCAUUCUUACAGCAACAGUGAAGAUGACGAUAUGGACAAAGGAAGCAGUGACACACGUUCUUUUUAUGCAGAGGAUGAUGAGGAAAUGAGAAGCAUUGAAGAAGAAGACGACGACGAAGACGACGAGGACGAAGACAUGAACGCUGCAUCGACCGUGAUGGCCAUAUCGCAUGACGAGACCGACGUGGCAUGGUCACAAAAUCGAAAUAGUGACUCUCUCGAGUAUUUGGAACUAUCAGUUGAAUCACUUCGACUUGUAGCACAACAGAGAGACCUCGACACGACAGCAUUGAGUCUCUGGAGUGUUCAAGAUGGAAAACUAGUGGACCCAUUUCACCACAAGUAUCGAAAAUUAAGAGAUGCCUUACGAGCUUACACGCAUUUAAUGCAGGGGGUGAUUCCACGGGAAGAUAUGUAUUAUCUUGCAAUUCUAAGAAGAAAAGUGGCACAACUGGCUUUGCCGUUUAUAGAUGGACCUAUUCGUGUAAUGGCACUUGGAACUGUGAUUCCAGAAAAACGUUUUUACACGAGCAAGAGAUUAUUUCCGAUUGGAUACGAGACACUUGUGAAGGUGCAAGUAACGACUCCCAUGACUGUAGCUUUUCGAUUACGAUGCAAAAUCGUACAUGGCAACAAUAAAAAAUCCCCGAUUUUUGUGGUAGAACUUGAAAAUAGCACAGUUGAAAUUGUGUUUAGGUCGUACGUGGCGAGUAAAGCUUGGAAGAAGGCUCUCGUACAUUUUGAAAGUCUGUCGCCCGACGAUUUGAUGGCUGUGGUUAGUGAAUCCGUGUUUUUCGCGGAAACUGACGAAAACGGCAAAACUAUUGAUGUAUUGACACCUGCUAGCAGUGAGGAUGGAUUUGGCCUGCUUCGCCGAAAUAUUACACGCGUGCUAGAAGGAUUGCAUCAGGUGCUUUUAUGUAAAGAUUAUCAAUUCUGGGAGCAGCGACAUCCAAUCACGCCCGAUGUCCACGCCAAGAUUCGGUCGCGUCUGAAAGGCCAAUUAAAGAAUAUGCUCAAAGUUCAUACUCCAUUUUCGAAGGACGAAAUCAGUCGUCAACUGUCACAAACAUUUUUAGUAGAAGAGCAUUCAUAUGAUCUCGACGAUGUGCAGCACCUCAAGCAACAGGACGAGAAAGACCAACGCGAAGCUGACAAGCGUAGCGUCCGGAAAGCAGCACGCAAACUCUUAGAGAUCGAAAUCAAGGCUCAAGAAGAUGCCAAAGAAGUUCAGCGGCGAGCAAAAGAAGCGCGAAAAAGCGCAAUUCUUGAGGCUAAGGUAGAAGCGGCUCGGCAAAAGGAGGCACGAAAGGAGGCGAUGCGUCUGGCAAAAGAAGAGGAAAUGCGAAUGAGAGAAGAAGAAAAGGAAAUAAAGCGUGCGUUACGGAUAGAGGAAAAACGCAAAAAGUUGGAGGAGAAGGAAAGUUCCAUGAAGCGGAGGAUAGAAGAGCAGCGACAGCGUCGUCAAAUGCGUGAAGAGCAGAAAGCGAUCCUUGAGAAUGGUGUUGUGACGUCAUCGUCUCCGCGAAGAUUCAGCGACUCAAGGAAGAGAAAGGCCUCGUCUGAUGCUCCGUCCGCUAGGCAGCAACAGGUUGUGCUGCUAAAAUUUGUGGAAGAGGAAAGAGAGCGGCGACGACAGAUUCGCUUAUGGCGUAAGAGGAACAGGGUGGAAAGUGAAGUCUGGGCUCGUGUGAAAGCACGCUAUACUUUGGAGCUAGCGAACCACCCUUCUAUGUCCGAAAAUCAGUAUUCUCAACUUUACGAGCCCAACAUUUUAGAAACUCAAGACGCCAAGUUUCCUUUACAGGUAAUUUCUGAAGCAGCUGAUCUGCACUCGGUCCCGGCAGAGUCUCAUGCUGAUUUACUUUUCGUGUGGGAUUUUAUUUCAACAUUCUCAGACUGUUUGAAACUGCCAAUACUACCCUCACUCAGCGUUUUUGUAAAAAUAAUGACGCUAAGCGACGGAUCCAGCCCUGUUGGAGACGGUGAAAUGGACGACGAUUCGAUUGGUACACUUUUCUCUUCAUUGCACGCAGAGCUAUUGAAGGCACUGAUCGCCGAAUAUUUCCCGCUGCUUCAAAUGGGGACUACUAUCGAUGAGUUUUAUCGCACACGGCCCAUGAACGCGUUUAGUUGGCCAGAACUUGCACGCGAAGUGUGUCAGUUUGCAAUGGAGUUUAAGCACCCCAGCGCGGACGAACAGUUGCUCAAGUCUGUUAAGGGCAACAAAUCAUACCGAGACGAUUCAGUUACUCACCCACUCCGUCAGAAACUACACCGGCGAGGAACCAACUUGCUGAACGGGGCUCAAUUUGAGGAAGUGAAAGAAGAACCAGAGGCUGAGGCGCAGAGCUCGCAUGAAAAUUCAUCGACCACAUCCAUUUCUGAAGCAAACAGCUCGUCAGGAAUAAGCGAUUAUUACGGUGUCGUUCUUGUUGGUGGUGUAUCCAGUAGAAUUAAGGUGGGAGAGAAGGACCAGCACCUUGUCGUGACAGAAGUCAUCGCCACAAAUGAUGCCUUUUCGGACAAAGCGAAACCGUCCGCUGCAACUGAGCCAAAGGAUGAUAACGCUGAUAGAAUACGGAUUGGGGAUUAUCUCAUGUUUAUUAACGGUCAAGAUGUGCGGGAGACAUCAAUCGAAGACUUCAACAGUCUCUUGAGUGAACUUCAGACUCCCCACGGAUUGCUAUUGUCUUCGGUCGUCCCUGCGGUCAAGAACUCCAUGAAACAUGUUGCUUUAACGCAAGGAGCGACGAAAAUAAAGCGUUGUGGAUUCGUGCUAAAGCUUCUUCGAGCGAAAGAAAUUGCAGCGCCAUUCAAUCAGCCAGUGGAUGCUGAGCUUUAUCCUGACUACUACUCUAGUGGGGAUAUCACGGAGGCAAUGGAUUUGGGUACGAUUUCGGAGAAAAUCGAGGAUGAAGACUAUGAAAACGAUGACGUUGAGUCUUUUGUUGAUGAUGUACAGCUAGUGUGGAGAAACUGCUACGCAUACAACUCGUUAAAAGCAGAAAUAUCUCACUUGGCUCAGAAAUUGUCAGUGAUUUUUGAGCGAUUAAUGAAAGAGUGGGUGUACACGACCGUGAACCGACCGAUGAUUGCUGCAGAUGAAAACAAUUGUCGCAAUUGUCAAACGAUCCACGCGAAGGGCCAAUUGCUACUGUGUGAUCGCUGUGACGCGCCGUAUCACACGUUUUGUCUCAAUUCUUCAUUGUCUGUUGUCCCUAAGGGUGAGUGGUUUUGUCCAUUAUGCCUUGCGGACUCCUCCUUUUCACCCGAGCUGUUUCAGAAAAUGUUUCGUGACAUGGCAAACUCAAGUGGCAACACGGGCAUCACUGAGCGGAAAGAAAACGACUUGACGGAGCUGGAAAAGCGACUUAUAUCUGCAAUCGAUCUUCUAUCGCAGGAAAACUACUCAAAACUCACUGUCACUGAUCGAUUGAAAGUGCUGCGAGUAAUGUGCGAGUUGAUUGAGGAGACGUCCGCAGUUCAGUCAGUGUAUCACUCGCUAAACGAAAAAGCAAAUGAUUUGCGCAAAAAAUUGGGAGAAUCACUGGCUGACUUGGAGCGCGAGUGGGAUCAAUUUACUCCGCCGCACUCGUCGCACGGUAUAGAGCAGACUAAGAAAUUCAUCAUUGAUGGUGUGGAACAUGAGCUAACGGACGAGCUAUUGACGUAUUUGGAGGACAAAGCAAAGGCAGAGCUUGAAUCAAAACCUGUUCCUGUAUUGCCUGAAAGUGCAAAGAAAAAUCUCUAUGGCGAUACAGACAGAAGGAAAGAGGAACCCACGGCAUUAAAAAUGGAGGAAGGUGAUUCGUCAGACAAUUCCGAAGUGGACGAAGAGAUAUUUUUUGAAGAAUUUAGCGAUCACUAUUUACUGACGUCGGUCGCGUCGAGCGAGAAAAAUCAUUGUGAUGACGAAUGUAGUGCGCUGCUAUCGCGUCCGCUGUGUGCAUUCUGCGGUUUGGAAAAUGGGAUUUUGAAUGGACCAUUGCACCCUUGCAAGCAAUCCGCACUGACAGCCCACAUAUCGCUGUUAAAUUAUUACGAACUUCCGGAGCUGCUGACAGGUGAAGGGGCUGAGAUCCUGACGGUGCGAACCUUAACGACGAAUGACCUUGCAACUUUGCUUUUGAAAGACACGGCAGAAGGUGUACAAUAUUUUGAACGCUCUGGGGUCGUAUCAAAUCACUCAUUGAACCAGGACGAAUUGAGCAGUCAGCAUUCUCGACCGAAAAUCGUUUACGCGAUCAAUGACCUUGUCGUGUUUGGAAUGAGUCGCGCCGCUAUCCAAGAUCACUUGAAAACGACUGCUGAACCAAUCUUGCUAUACUUGACAUCACUGCCUGGGGAGGCUGUGCGCGCCUCGGUGUCGAUUGUAAAAUGCCAUGGACUGCCACUGAUGUUGGUUCUGGAUGCGUACGAAUCGUAUAUAUUCGUUCAGUCUUAUCGCUCAUUAGAAGAUGUUCCAGUAGGAUUUGGAGAGCUCUCCGGGCAAGUAUUUCCGGGUGACGUCCUCCUGAUGGUCAAUGGUAUCCCAACACGCGGUAUGGACGUGACUGAUGUCGAAUCAUUGCUUUUUACAAACAGUUCUACAGACACUACGUAUGCCGUCUUUGUCCGUCCCCCCUCUGCAAAAAUGAGAAGGGCAAAUGAAGAGUGGCAAUGUGUUGUACAUGAUGCGCCUUCACAACGCGCGAAGGAGACUGCGUUUCGAGCUGGCUUAAUCGCACCGCAAAUAAAUGGACCGACCUCUUAUGAGGUGAGUUUCCAAGACGGCCCGCUUGGUUUGGCGCUGGCACUUGAAACUCGAGGUGUGGUUGUGAAAUCUUUAAAUGAUCACCCUGACGGUACGCUGGGUCAAGCAUCAAUGAGUGGGCAAAUUUUGCAAGGAGAUUUGGUAAAACGUGUCAAUGGUGCAUCCUAUGGCCAGCUGAGUGAUCUAUCUCAGUUUACGUCGUGGUUGUUGAGCUUGCCGCGGCCGCUAACAAUCACCUUUUCUAGGCAACCACCUAGAAUAGGCACUCAGGUUAUGACUUCCAAAGAGACGAACAAGCGUCUGGCUGAGUUACUGGGCAGCCCAUCUUUGCUAUGUAAACAGCUGAAGCUUCCUACAACAAGCGAUGUCAAGACUUAUCGCGUUGAGUCGUUUCCACUGCCGUUUGAAGCUGAAAAUCUUCUUGCGUCCAUUGGUGUUAUCGCAAUAAAAGGCCUUGUGUAUUGUGAACGGUAUGCUAACUCGAACAAAGCGGACAAAGAGGUAUCUAUAUCGACUAUUAAAGUUGGUGACCUUAUUGUGGGGCUCAACGGUAGGUCUGUCGCCGGUUUGAGCUGGGCGACGGUGAAGGCUCUAUGUGCCGAGAUGUCGUCUACCUGUCCAGUUUAUCUCCACUUUAUUCAAUUUGUUAAAUCGAUGACUUUGCUGCAAGCUCAUGAACCCUGUGUUGAAAGUGCCAAUGCGGCAUGGUCAGAAUGUGGAUCUAUGCUUCCUCGAGUUGAGAAAGCUCGAGAGAUGGAGAGCUUUAUCAAAUGGGUGAUCAUUCCAAGAACUUUAACAUUUGGUAAAUGCCGACACGGCUACUCAUUCUACCGCUUCUUCAGUGAUCACCACCGCUUGUUCAUACUGUCUCCGGAAAAGAAGUGGUCAGUGUGUGCUACACGAGAUCACCUUUUCCAACUUCUUUCAUAUUUAGAUGAGGAUUCGAGAGACUCGAAGGUUGCAACCCAAAUUCGAUGGUGCUUUCAUCGAGUCCUUUACAGCGAAAGUACAAGUCUUCGACUGCAACAAGGCUCGUCGUGUUGCGAAUACUCUAGCGAAAACUUCCUCCAAGAUGGACCUUUCUCGAUUAAAAAGCAAGUUCUUCUGGCCAUGGACGGAGAUAUGGAAAAAUACGAAUCGCUUGUGAGCUACUAUGGACGCACAUUUUUUCUAGGGUCGUUUUACACGCAGCAGGAGGCCGAAAGCGCGCUCACACGCGCUGAGGCAUCGAUCCGCUCCACUGGAUUCCAUGCAGUGAUAGCUGCAGAUGUCACUACUUUGCGUAAUGCGAAUUUCCCUUCGUCGCUUGUCGCUCCUCGUCCGAAGGCAGAAAAUGUGGUAAAGCGUAUGUUUGCGCGGAAGUACGAGCAUGGCAGUGUGAUGGAUGGGCAUGGAGGGGUGAAGCCCAUUCCGAUUUCGCAGGAGGUGUAUCAAAUCAUUAAGCGUGGUCUUUUGUCGAACGCAGCAAUGUUAAACAGCACUCUUCAUGCAACAAGGUCCGGAAUGUACCAGGCUGGGAUGCCAUCAGUCGCGCUUCCGAGGAUGCAGGGAGACUUACAGUCGUCUGCGUAUGCUGCCGCUCAAGCACGUUACCUAGAGGCAUUGAAGCGGAAGCAUGUACAAACAGAAAACCCCUACGCUCACCAAACCGCUGACCAGUUGAAGCGGACGCGAUAUGCAAAUUCAAAUGAAGCUGCAAGAAUGCAGCAACAACUAGCGCUUGACGCGGCCAACAAUGCUGUUUCCUUUAAGCGGUCACUUCAGGCGCUAGUGGACCAAGGGAGGUUAAUGCUGGCAGCUUGGAAUCAAUUUGCUAUCUCUGCUACAGUUCAGACGACGAACAGGCUAGCCUAUUCCUGUUUGUCCAGUUUUGAAGAGAUAAAGAAGGUGGUAUCACGCAUUGUUGUUGAUCCCAAGGCAACUCAUCCGGACCCCAAAACGUUUGUAUGCCUCCACCACGCGUACGUGAUGGGGUUAAUUUGUGCGAUGGCAACGCAAGCGCUCACAACGAGUCAGAAAACUCAUUCGGACUCGGCUCUGGUGAAGCAAGUGGCAGACGCCUUUGCGACAGCUAUUCUCAGUUGCGUGGAUCCAUCGAACUUGCUGCGCGCACGGGCACUAAGCGGGUUUGCUACUGCAGCGAAAAAGUGUGAGCCGUCUCAGCGUGCUGGUGAUUUGUCAGUCGAGCUCCACAAUGUUGCCAAUUUCGUGUUAAUGUUUAUGCGGACGACACAGUACCUGUCAGGUUCUAGUUUCGAUGAUUUAAGCAACUGCCGGUCGCUAUUUACAUCGUCAACACCAGGCGUAGAAUCUCUUCCUGCUUCGUUCGUACAGCAGAUCAAUCUCCUCGAGAACAUUCGUCUGGCAUUUUAUCGGAAAACUAACGUAGCUUCCAGUGGCAACGUCGCUACUCAAAAUCGGGCGACGGCGUCAAUGGCAUCUCUCCAGAUUCCAAUGUAUGGCAUGGUACCAGGUUCGACUUUAAAUUCAAACCUGACGAGUAAUUUUCAGACCUCGAACCAAGCCAGCAACGACGGCAUGCUUGUGGACGUGGAAUUCGGAUUUGGUCCAUUGGGUGUCGUGAUCAACUAUUCCAAUCAUGGAACUAUUAUUGUCACGGAGUUUUCGAAUGACAAUAACAACAAGAUAGGACAGGCUCAGGCCAGCGGCAAGGUGCAGGUGGGUGACGAAGUCUAUGCAGUGAAUGGCAAUAAACUGGAGGUUAUUGGCAUGGAGGGUUUCAAAGCUGCAGUUGCUACGAGCAAACGACCACUAAAAGUGACAUUCCGACGGCAAUUGACGGCAGUACAGGCACAAAAAAUUGCCACUUCCAGUUUCGGGCAUUUGGCAAGCGCAGUUACUCAAGGGACGACACCUUCUGCUCAAAUUUCUUCGGGAAUGAAACAGCAAGUACAGCAACCAAGUGCCUUCAAUCAGUCGGGGCCAGCUGAAAGCAUAGACAGCACCGAGUUAUAUGGCAAACAGCAACUAGGAAGUGGACGGAUGGAUUCGGGAAACAACAUCGUGAAUUCAGGCGAAAGCUACCAAACUGCAACCCCAGGACAGUUCUCUGACAUGGACGACAACAUGAAUUUGUUCCCGUUCCCGUCAGCAUCUUCGAGUCAACCCAUGGGAGAUCCGUCCUUGCAGUACGACAACCUACAAAUGGCAGGUAGCAUGUCAGAUUUCAUGGGUGACAUAUCUGGGCAAGCUUUCCCUACCGUGCCUUCGGAUGGUACGAACUACGACACAUUGUCGAAUGUAUACAAUGAUGACGUGGCUAGUGCUUCAAGUGCCCAGAACACAGGAGGAGUCUGGCAAGGUGCGCCUGAUCCGAUGGUUUCUCAAUCGUUUCCUCCAGGAUCAGCGCCGAAUUCUAUGAAUAUGAGUGGAGACGGAGACGUGCAAAUGUCAAUGGAAUCUGUCCCUUUAAUGUCAAACGCGUCCCCAUCAAUGGACUAUUCGUCGCCAUCUUUUGGAGUUCCGGACUCAAAUCAAAGCAAUAAUUCGACUGGUGAAUUUGUGAAUUUCGUUGCAGGGAAUGACCCCCAAUUACCAUCUAAUGGAGAUGCAUCACAUGUAAAUUAUUAUGACGCUAACGAAACGGUUUACCGUGGAGUGUCAGACUACGAAAUCGACACUAAUGCCAACACUUCUGACAAAAGCACAACUGGUACUACAGAAUGUAGUGCAACCGCGGAUGUCGAUACAGAACCAGAUUCUCCACCCAUCUCGCAAACGACAACACCAGCGCAGUCAGAUACGGACGGAGAACGUAGCGAAAUCGAUAGGCAGCGUGACCGCGAGGUGCAAUUAGCGAGAUUGCAGGAUGGGUUACAAAACAGCUUGUCAGGUGCUGGAUCAAGUUCUGAGCUUGCUCAUACAAAUGCACAGGCUCAAAAUAAGCCCUCAAAGGUGGGCCAAACGGCCGAAACUGUACAGGCAACGGCAUUCACCGUUCCAACGUCUCAGUCGGAACAAGCCGGCGUAAUAAUUCCCGAGGGUAGACCUCCACUUCAGACUACAAGGGCUUCGCCUCGUGCCCAAGCUGGAGGAAAGGAGCUUCAUGUAGCGGACGGGACUGGUGUAUCCAGGAGAUCAUCACGAGUGUCUCGAAAAAUCACUAAUAUUGCAGACAUGUAUGACCCCGAUUUUGUCAAGGCCCGUUCCAAAGGAGGCGCGGGGAGUGGCAGUGAAGCAGGAAUGGAAGAACCGACGGAUGGAGAGGUCGGAGAGCUUGCAACAGAAUUGCUGGAAGUUUUCAGCGCGACAAUCCGUCCGCUGAAGAAAGACCUCCCGCGCUCGUUGCUGCUUCUUCGAGCCCAAUUGCUAACAAUGGAAUCUGCAAUCCCACGCGACGCUUUCCGCUCGGGUCGGUGGGGACGCUCUAUCCGUGCUGCAUGGGCAGAAAUGGUUUAUGCGUGUGACACGUCAGCUAAUUUAAUGGAAGCAGUCGUGUUCUUGGAAGCUAACAUUGACCCGGAAUGGCUCGAUCCCUGCUGGAAGACGUCUCCGCUCCCAUCAGCGAAAAACGCAAUUACCACAGCAACGAUUGCAUCAGCUGCUAUGCGGCUAUAUUCAUUGGACGACGCCAUUUCGUACGGACGUAUGAAACGUGGAGGCAAGCGUAAGCAUCGAAACGCAACGAGCGCAAAUUGUACUCGGCCUGGUUCACCCCAGAAAACAACGAUAUUCAGCCAGGAAUCGAAAGCAACCGAGCCUGUAUUGGACCCCUCAGAGCUGCCGUUUGUGGGCCGACUGUCUACUGGUGUAGUUGAUUUAGCCAAUAAGAUAAUUCACAACAUCCUGGAGGUGCAGCGAGAACGGUCGUCGUCAACUUAUGCAUACCGGAAGGCUCGAAGCGAGGUUACUGCGAUUACGUCACUAACGGAGGAUCAGGUCGAACGAUGGAUCCAAGCGAUUUCGGCUCACCAAGUCCAGAUAGCAUCAGCAUCUCAUUCACAGAGCGUAUCAGGGCGUCACGCUACGCUGAAAAAGAAACACUCUGGCUCUCAAUUGACUGGAACGUCAGGCCAGCGCUCUUUCUCCAGUCGAAAGCGGCGAGCGCAGGGCCCAGCACAUGUUCCUGCCCCAGUCGCCCCACCACCAGAGACGCAGUAUGUUGAGCUACGCUGUUUCCAAAUGAAGACGCUACAGCACUGUUUUCCUAUGGGAAGCGCGCAGGAUGUAACGCUGCGGUCACGCUUAGAGCAUGUUCUGGAUAUGGUGUCACGAAACGAGUUGGCACUGGCAUUCCUAGCGCCAGUGAACGUGAAGGAUGUACCCGGGUACGCGGAUUUGAUCAAGCACCCCAUGGAUCUGGGUACGAUCCGGUCAAGGCUUAGCCGUGGAUUCUACGACCAGCGGUUUGAGAUGCUUGUGCAGGAUGUGAACCUUGUUUGGGAGAACUGCUUCACGUUUAAUUGUUUGGAUGCCGACAUCUCCAAGUGUGCAAAUCGACUGCGUUCUAUCUUUAAUCGGCUAUUUGAGCAGUUUGUCACGGACGUGCCACCCAAUACCCCGGUGUCACAUCUCGCGUCAGAGGAACUGUGCAGGCAGUGUGGUCAAAUGAAUGCGCAAGAGAGCAUGUUGCUUUGCGAUAGCUGCGAUGCCGCAUAUCAUGCCUUCUGUCUCGAGCCGCCUCUACUUUCCAUCCCACCAGGCAAUUGGUACUGCCCACGAUGCCCUAUCAAAAAAUGCAUCAAGUAG